AAACUUGCCUAGCAGUUCCGGUGAAGCUCCGGGAGUUUGUUUACGUUCCGAGAAGACCUAGCGGUUGGCUUCUCCGACUCAGACGCCAAGAUGGGGAAGUCAUUCGCCAAUUUCAUGUGUAAGAAGGACUUCCAUCCUGCGUCCAAAUCCAACAUCAAGAAGGUAUGGAUGGCAGAACAGAAAAUAUCGUAUGAUAAAAAGAAACAAGAAGAAUUAAUGCAACAGUACCUUAAAGAGCAGGAGUCGUAUGAUAACAGAUUGCUUAUGGGAGAUGAACGUGUGAAGAAUGGCCUGAAUUUCAUGUACGAGGCCCCACCAGGAGUUAAGAAAGAAAACAAAGAGAAAGAAGAAACGGAAGGAGAGACCGAGUACAAGUUUGAAUGGCAGAAAGGCGCUCCGAGAGAAAAAUAUGCCAAAGAUGACAUGAACAUCAGAGAUCAGCCCUUUGGUAUUCAGGUUCGAAAUGUAAGGUGUAUUAAAUGUCACAAGUGGGGCCAUGUGAACACAGAUCGAGAGUGUCCCUUGUUUGGUCUUUCUGGGAUCAAUGCAAGUUCAGUUCCUACUGAUGGCUCAGGGCCGUCGAUGCACCCCUCGGAGCUAAUAGCGGAGAUGAGAAACAGUGGGUUUGCACUGAAACGAAAUGUACUGGGGAGAAACUUGACCGCAAAUGAUCCAUCACAGGACUAUGUCGCAAGUGACUGUGAAGAAGACCCUGAAGUUGAGUUCUUAAAGUCGCUCACCACCAAGCAGAAGCAGAAGCUCCUCAGGAAAUUGGAUAGACUUGAAAAGAAAAAAAAGAAAAAGAAAAGUGAUAAGAAAAAGAAGAAGUUACAGAAGAGCAAAAAUAAACACAAGAAACGUAAAAACAAAUCCCCUUCCUCUUCCUCCUCUUCCUCCUCUUCCUCCUCUUCCUCCUCCUCCUCCUCCUCUUCCUCUUCCUCCUCCUCGGAGACAUCAGAUAGCAGCAGUGAGAGUGAUAACAAAGAAAAGAAAAGAGAGAAAGAGAAGAGGAAGAAGAAGAAGAAAACCAAAUGUUCUGAAAGUAAAUCCAGUGACUGUAAGGAGGACAAGCCUAAGAACAUGCUUUACGAAGAACUUUCCAGCAGUCACAGUGACAGGGGAAAAGCCCAGGAAAAAUUAAGGUUUCCAAAACAAGAGAGUUCUGGGGAGAAUAGCAUGUGGGUCCAUUCUGCUUCUGACCGGACAUCCAGAAGCCACCGGCACAGUCCAGAGAAGAAAGGGUCUGACAGAAAUCGGGGAAUCCGAAGUCGGAGCCGUAGCCGGGCUGAGAGCAGCCGGCGAAGCAGAAGCAGGAGUCCUUACCGUCAGAAGCACAGGGAGGUGAGGAGCCGGCCACACCGGAGCCCUAGUGAAGAGCAGAAGGGAAGAAAGGGCACCAGAAGCCAUGGUGAAGGUGACCAUAGAAGAGAGCACGUGCGCUGAGCGCCCAGGAGAUAAAGGGAGAGGCAGCAGGCUCAACAGAGCUUCGGAGCAACCACCUGGGCAUCAAGGACAUCUUUAGCAAGGGCUAACAUACACAUUGUUAUCUAAUAAAAAAAGUCAAUUCAUUUUCCAUCUCUGUAAACUGUUGUUUCAAGUAUUAAAGCACUGUUGUACCACAAGCUUAAGUUUGCAGAUAUUUGCAGGGAAUUUAGGGUAUACAAGUAGUUUUUGUUUUGUUGUUGUUGUGGUGGUGGUGAUGGUGGUGGUAGUGGUGGUUUUCUUGUUGGUAGUUGUUUCUUCUGCCUUAUACCAGAUUUAAAAUAUGUACGUAAUUGUGUGAUUUUGUUGUUGUUUUGAAACACCAUUAAAACAGUGACAGAAUCUUGAAUAAUUAUCAAUUCAAAUUUGUUAUUUUAAGAUUUGAAUAUGCUUGAAGCAAAAUGUAAUCAUUGUUGAAACUGACUAGGGUGAAUAAAAUACUGGAUAUCAAAAAGCAUGUCCUUAAGACUUUAAAAGUAUGAUAUUUAUAAUUGGAUGUCCUGUUAUUUGUCUAUGUUGGCAAACAAAAUCACUUCAAACUUAACAGUUGUGAAAAUCAGAAUUCUGGCAUGGGUCUCACUAGGAUAAGAUGAAGGCAUGGGUAGAAUGUCUUCCUUCAGAAAAUCCAUGGUGCCCAGUUUUGGUGGUUGGCUCCCUUUUCUAACGAAGAGAACUCCCCUGUUUCCAAGUCCUGGAGUCAGUCUGACACUAACUGCACCCUCCUUCACUUGGUAAGGACCCUGUGAGUAUAGCAGGUCCACAUUUAAGACCAACUGAUUAUCAACCUUAACUUUGCACCUGUAAAUGUAACAUAUUCAUGGCUUGGGGGAGGGGGCGGGGGGGGGGGGUUGGAAACAUGUAUAUCUUGAGGGGAGUGUUAUUCUGUCUCCUCCCACAAUAGCCUUUCUGGUUGACAUUGCAAAGUUUUUCUUCAGGAGGUAAAACAUAUUACAAAGAAAUAAUGUAAACUAGAUAUUUUGUAUUUAAAGGUGUAUGUUGGGAGUGGAGGGAACGGUUUCUCUUUGAGACAGGGUCUUCCCAUUACUAUGUAGCUCUUGCUAGCCUGAAACUCACUAUGUAGACCAAGCCAACAUAUAAGGUGUUUUGUUUUUUUUUAAAAACUUAGCUAUACAUUUUGCCAUAUGUUCCAAAGGAUUAGAAGAAGAGAAAACUAUGGAAAUUUUCAAUAAAAAAUGCAGAUUAUAUGCAACUAAAACUUU